AUGGCUGACGAGCUCACACUUCCCACACUACCAAAAAUCUCUUGGGAUCCCUCGACUUCUUCUUUUGCAAAUCAUCGGACACGAAAACGCGUCCGAAGCAGUCCUCCCAUAUCUAGUGACCCCGCGCUCUUCUCAAGUGAUGACGACCCUUCAGCCGAUAACUACACGCAGGAACGGCGGAAGAGGAAGUUUCGUGGGCCAUGGUAUCAUCAAAUACCGGCUGAGCAUGGCUCGUCCGAGAUGAAUCCACCCACGUCCAAGAGAGGAAAAAGACCGUUCGAACGGCAGUAUGACAGUGGCGUUUUCAUGGGAAGUGACGGCACUGAGAUGGAUGAAGUGAUGGAAGCACUGGAAGAUGUGCAGUUCAAAAGACCAAAACUACCUUCAAAAAUUUCUCGUCCUCCGAUUCAGCUUGAAAAUCUUGUGUCCCCAGCAGAAGAGCUGGCACGUGGUCAAAUAGAGAGAUGUUUGGAGGAUGGUGACGAAAGUAUCGAUUUAUCUUCACGAGGUUUGACGAGUCUCUUAAACGCCACUAUUCGGCCUCUCAGCACCUUCACCUGUAUCCCGCCAGUGACCGAGGGGGUUUUCUCUCAGAUAGAACCGAACUUGAAAGUUUUCUUAGCAGCAAAUUUUCUCACUGCGCUACCUGAAGAGCUUUUUAAACUCGAAACUCUGAGUGUUCUCAGUCUUCGCAGUAACGAUUUCGAAGAGCUUCCACCUAGGAUUGGAAAUCUGAAAAACCUCACAGAAUUAAACAUAUCGCAAAAUCGGCUUCGUUAUCUACCUUUUGAGGUCUUGGAUCUGUUUUCAAUAGAAUCGAAUCUUGAGAAUCUGCAGCUCCAUCCAAAUCCGUUCUUUGAGCCACAAUUUCCAGCCGAGGAAUCGGAACCAGAAGAACCACAGUAUAAAAUAGGUUUGGGAAGCAAAACGAGAACACGUCCUAGGCGCGGAGCGGUUUGUUGUGUGCAGCCAGACCCGGGUCGAAGGUCGUGGCAUCCUCGAUGGAAAGUAACAUACAAGGCUCGGACUCAGAUCAAAUAUCUAGGGCCCGACGGGUUACUCAUUCAGGGUCCCAAGUUCCCUAACAUGCAGGAUAAUACAAACUCACUCAGCUCGCACAAGACCUUAGAGGUAGCCAAUUCCAGCGAACCACAGCAUCCCCCCGAGCCACGGGGAGCCUAUCACUCCCACGCCCCCUCCCUCCUAGAAGUAGCUCUAAACGCGUGUUCCCAAUCCCCACAACUCCCUCACCUCCCAACCCUCCUCCACGACGAAUGUCCCGCCUAUCUCUCCGAACUGCUAGUCAAAGCUGCCGCCAAGAAGGACUCGGGAGGCAGCAAAUGCACCAUCUGCAGUCGAAACUUUAUCGUUCCAAGGGCGGAGUGGAUUGAGUGGUGGGAGAUUGCCAAGAUUCUCGAUCAUAAGACGAUUGCGGGUAUGGCGAGUGCUGCGAGUCCUUUGAGACAGAAGGAGAAUGAGAGGGAUGUGUUGGAGAGUAUGGUGCCUCUUAUUCGACGGAGUUGUAGUUGGCUUUGCGUACCGAAGAUCGAGAAUGUGUUGAAGUCUGAUGAGAUGGAUUUGGAUCAUUGA